AUGCAGGAUAAUAAAAAUAUCGUGUUCACUGGAAUAAUCGCCAGCUCAAGUUCUUUGAACGAUCUUGUUAUAAACUCCGGUUACAUCGCUGUUCAAGAUGGAAAGAUUACAAAAAAAGGUUCUGCGGAAGAGUUUGAUCGACUUGAAAAAUCUGGUGAAUUUUCAAAUUUUGAAAUAGUAAAGUUGAGUCCGGAUCAGUUUAUCGUACCUGGGUUUGUUGACUGCCAUACACAUGCCCCUCAGUUCCCUAACAUCGGAUUGGGAUUAGAUCGUCCACUGCUGGAAUGGCUGGCAAAAUACACUUUCCAUUUGGAAAAAAAAUACAGUGACACAGAGUUUGCUGCUAAGGUCUAUGACCAAGUCGUUAAAAGACUAAUCAAAAAUGGGACAACAACAGCUUGCUACUUUGGGUCCUUACAUGUAGAAGGGACAUUAGAACUUGUAAAAAGUGCCAUUAAACACCACCAGAGGGCACUCAUCGGGAAAGUGAGCAUGAACAAAGAGAAUUUUGCUGGAUAUUAUAAUGAAACUAAAAAAGAAUUAGAAGAAGUUGAAACAUUUAUCAAACAUGUCAUAUCUUAUCAGAAUGAGCUGGUGGAACCUGUAGUGACUCCAAGAUUUGCAGUGAGCUGUGAUAAAGAACUUAUGGAUGGUCUGGGCGACAUUGCUAAGAAAUAUGACUGCAGAAUACAGAGCCACAUAUCAGAAAACACUUCAGAAAUAGACUAUGUAUUGGAAACUAAUCCGAAAUGCAAGAGCUAUGGUCAUGUGUAUGACGAAAGCGGAAUUCUGACCAACAAGUGUAUCAUGGCCCAUGCAGUACAUUUGACGGAAGGUGAACUGACUCUGCUGUCCCGGAAGGGAGUGUCCGUGGCUCACUGUCCGGCCUCUAACACACGGUUGAAGUCCGGCCUUUGUCCUGUUAGGAAAAUUAUCAAUGCUAACAUCACUGUUGGUUUGGGAACAGAUGUGUCUGGCGGGGACAACGCAUCGAUCCUGGAUGCUAUACGCAGGACUAUGGACAUCUCAGCUUGUUUGGAGAUGAGAGGCAACGACAAAUAUGCCCUCGACUGGAAAGAAGCUUUCUAUCUUGCUACAUUGGGAGGGGCUAAAGCUUUGAACUUGGACCAUAAGAUCGGCAACUUUGAUGUCGGCAAAGAUUUUGACGCCUUGCUGGUAGACGUAUACACAAAGGAUGGACAAAUCGACAAGUACGAAGGAACUUUACAAAGUACCCCCAAGGAAUAUGCUCUGGACUUGCUACAGAAGUUCAUAUACGUAGGUGACGAUAGAAAUAUCGUACAAGUUUAUGUUAAGGGAGAAAAAGUAAAAGAUGCCUUGUAA